AGGGAGAGAGAGAUUAUUAUAAUCCACUGACUAGGAAGAGUGAUGAAACCUUUCUUGAUUUAAUAAUUGAAGUUCUGAAUACCUAUAAAAGAUGUGAUGAAGAACAACUCAAAUCAGAUAUUUUGAAAUGGUGUGUGGAAAAAAUGGAGAAAGAUUUGAGACAGAAAUUUCCUCAGCUUAAACCUAAGUUAAAAGCAUACAUUGAAUGGGUAAAGGAGAGGUUAAGGACAAUUUAUGGAAUAGUUUAUGAUAUGCAAAACCAAAAUGGGUUCAGCUGGGAUGACGAGAAAAAGAUGAUUAAGGUCGACAAUGAUGAAGUGUGGAAAGAGUAUGUAAAGAGAGAUCCGCGUGCGAUAGAUUAUAGGAAUACUCCGAUUCCACUUUUUGAUAAGCUUGCUCGUGUUUUCGGAAAAUGUCAUGCUAGUGGUGAGGAACUUGCUAACCCUAGUGCUAAUGUUGAGAUGAUGGAUAAACAAGUGGAGGAACAAAGUGAUCCUGCUUGUGCUAAAGAAUCUGCUAAUUCUAGUGCUAAUAUUGAGAUGUUAGAUAAACAAGAGGAAGAACAAAAUGACCCUGCUUGUGGUAAAGAGCCUGCUAACCCUAGUGCUAAUAUUGAGAUGAUAGAUAAACAAGAGGAACAAAAUGAUCCUGCUUGUGGUAAAGAACCUGUGCACUCUAGUGCUAUUGUUGAGAUGAUAGAUGAUAAACAAGAGGAGGAACAAAAUGGUCCUGCUAAUGGUCAAGAACUUGGUCACCCUAGUGCUAAUGUUGAGAUGAUAGAUAAAGAACAAGAGGAACAAAAUGAUCCUUCUGGUGGUAAAGAACCUGCUAAGCCUAGUGCUAAUGUUGAGAUGAUAGAUAAACAACAAGAGGAACAAAAUGAUCCUUGUGCUGGUAAAGGACCUGUUAAGCCUAGUGCUAAUGUUGAGAUGAUGGAUAAACAAGUAGAGGAGCAAGAUGAUCCUACUAGUGGUAAAGAACCUGAUAACUCUAGUGCUAAUGUUGAGAUGAUGGAUAAACAAGGGGAGGUACAAAGUGAUCCUGCUAUUGGUAAAGAACCUGUUAACCCUGGUGCUAGUAUUGAGAUGAUAGAUCAACAAGAGUUGGAACUAAAAGAUCCUGUUCAUGGUAAAGAACUUGCUAACCCUAGUGCGGAAGUUGAGAUGAUAGAUAAACAAGAGGAGGAACUAAAAGGUCCUGUUCGUGGUAAAGAACUUGCUAACCCUAGUGUGAAUGUUGAGACGAUAGAUAAACAAGAGGAGGAACAAAAUGACAAUGAGGAGGAUGAAGUCGAAAUGACCCUAUUAAUUCCUAGAAAACAUGGUUGUAUGGAGGGUCCAUCAAAAUCAAAGGAAAGAAAUGGAGAAGAAAAUGCAAUUGCUAACAAUAUAUUCGAGUUUGAAAAGACUAUCAAGGGCUUGCUUGAAAAACAAAUAGAACAAUUGGGUGCAGUUGUAAAUCGCCUAGGAGUUGAUAGAGAUAUAUAUGAUGAUUCCAGGAAAGUAAUGAGUGAGCUUACAAAAAUGGGGUUAACAGAACAACAGUAUUUUACUGCGGCUGAUAGAAUAUUUUCAGUCCCUCAUCGAUUGCACAUAUUUUGGGGUUGUGAUGAUGUUAACCGUCUUGCAUAUGUUAAGUCGUUAAUCUAGUACUCUUAGAAAAUGUUGUUAAUCUAGCAGUUUAAUACAUAUUGUCUUGUUAUGUAUAUGGUUAAAUUUACAUCAUUUGAUGAAAUUUGUGUGACACAAUGACUCAAUUACCAGCAAAUUGCUUCUCUAUGGAAUUAACUAGAAAUCGGCCAAGUUAGG